AUGCCUGCCAUUGUAAUUGCUGAAGCCGGAGGAGGCGGCUACGACUUGCCUGCCAAGCUCACAUCACAGGUCGUCGUUUGUAGCAUCAUCGCAGCCUUUGGUGGCCUCAUGUUUGGCUACGACAUAGGCAUUUCUGGGGGAGUGACAUCCAUGGAUGAUUUCUUGAAGAAGUUCUUCCCAACUGUUUACAUCAAGAAGCACCAUGUACAUGAAGACAACUACUGCAAAUAUGACAAUCAGUAUCUCCAACUCUUCACAUCUUCACUAUAUCCUGCAGCCAUUGUUGCGAGCUUUUUCGCAUCAACAUUUUGCAGGAAAUUUGGUCGUAAACCAACAAUUCAAGCUGCUUCUGUGUUUUUUGUCACUGGAGCCAUCUUGAACAUGCUUGCCAAGAACCUUGGCAUGUUGAUUGCUGGAAGACUCUGUCUUGGCGCUGGAGUUGGCUUUGGCAAUCUGGCAGUGCCACUUUUCAUAUCGGAAAUAGCACCAGCAAAAUACAGAGGCGGCCUUAACAUAUGCUUCCAAUUGCUCAUCACAGUCGGUAUCUUGAUAGCAAACAUGAUCAACUAUAAAACAUCCAACGUACACCCUUACGGGUGGCGCAUCUCAGUAGGCGGCGCUUCCGUCCCCGCAGUGAUCCUCCUAAUCGGCUCCUUCGUCAUCGUCGAAACUCCUGUGAGUCUCAUCGAGAGAGGCAAAACAGAUCAAGGUAUUCGCACCCUAAGGAAAAUCAGAGGAGUCGAGGAUGUCGAAAAAGAGUACCAAGAGAUCUUGAGAUCGACUGAAUUCGCAAAACAGAUCAAACACCCGUUCAAAGAUCUCAUGAACCGACCCAAUAGACCUCCUCUUGUGUGUGCAAUUCUUCUCCAAGUGUUUCAGCAGUUCACUGGAAUCAAUGUCAUCAUGUUUUACGCUCCGGUGUUGUUUCAGACAAUGGGGUUUGGAAGCGACGCGUCGCUGCUUUCCUCUGUGGUGACUGGUCUUGUCAAUGCACUGUGCACAUUAGUUGCUAUUUUGACUGUUGAUAGAUGCGGAAGAAAGAUAUUACUCAUCGAAUCCGCCAUUCAGAUGAUCAUUGCACAGUGUACAAUGGGUGCGCUCCUAAAAGUACACUUACAUUCCACGAACGUAAUGCCACACAACCUUGCGAUUGUGGUGGUGAUCUUGGUCUGCGUCUUCGUCUCUAGCUUCGCUUGGUCAUGGGGGCCAUUGGGGUGGCUAAUUGCGAGCGAAAUCUUCCCUCUUGAGACGCGAAACGCAGGCUACUUCUUCGCAGUCAGCAGCAACAUGUUGUUCACAUUCCUAAUUGCACAAGCAUUCCUCACAAUGCUUUGCCACAUGAGAUCCUACAUUUUCUUCUUCUUUGCAGGGUGGCUCUUUACGAUGGGUUGUUUUGCCAUUUUCAUGCUGCCUGAAACAAAAGGAAUCCCCAUUCAUGAGAUGAAGGACAGAGCUUGGAAAAAGCACUGGUUCUGGAAGAGGUAUUUCAAGGAUGAGUUGGUAGUGUUGGAAUUGCAAGAGAAAGUGGAGGUUAAGGCACUUGAUUGAUAAAAUAGAUUAACAUGUAUUAAUUAUUUUUUGCUUUAAUUUUUUGUUAAUUUGUCAUUACAAAAACUAUGUGAGGAAUUGUGAGCAGAAGGGUUACUUCUGAUUGAGGUAGGCAUU